UAAUUCACCAUCAUCAUAGUGAGAGCAGCUUCCUACUAGAAAUUUCUGAGUAAGAAUGAGAGGAUUUCUCAUCAUCCAUCCCACAAUAUUGUGGUAUUCACCCCUUUAUUAUUCAUUUAACCAAAUGGCGGGAAAAAAAAAAAAAAAAAAAAAACCGAAUCUCAAUCUUGAUCCCCCAGCUAUAAAACCCUUACUCUUCCCUUCCCUCCGUUUCUUCUCUUUCUCCUUAAAAUCCUAAAUACAAAAGCAUAACUAAUCCAAUUCCAAAAAUCCAUCGAGAUAGGCAAAAAGAAAUGUCCACUUAUGCAGAAGAUUUCUCUCAAUUUGGUAUUUCAGUGGAGGAAAAAGACAAGCUUGUAGCGGAGGUGAUUCGUUAUGUAUUAUUCAAGACCGAACAAAAUUCAGGAUGUCCUAUAAAGAGGGAGGAUUUAACACAAUUGAUUACUGGCAAGAAUUACCGUCAAAGAAAUUUACCUGCUUUUGUUAUUAAUGAAGCAAAAUUGAAGCUUUCCUCCAUUUUUGGCUUUGAAAUGAGGGAACUUCAGCGCUCUCGUUCGUCUAACCAAAAUGCCCGCUCCUCUCAGCAAGUGGCAGCUGAUGCGAAGUCGUAUAUACUCAUAAGUCAGCUACCCAAAGAUGUAUACGAGGCAUGUGUGCAGGAUGAAAACAAAUCACAUGUCACUGGUCUUACUUUUGUGGUUAUUAGCAUUGUUCAUCUCGCUGGAGGCAAAAUUACAGAAGAAAAUCUUUGGCAUCAGUUGAGAAGGCUGGGAUUGUCUGAAACUGAUGAAAGCCAUCCUGUUCAUGGAAACCUCAAACUGGCAUUGGAAGCACUUGUUCAACAAAGAUAUUUGCACAAAGAGAAAGUUAAUGGUCCUGAAGGUAAUACAACGUUUUAUGAACUUGCUGAGAGGGCACUAGACGGGCCAAUUAAUGAUGGAAUGAAAGAGUACAUAUCAAAGAUUGUGAACAAAGACAUUGCCUCUGCGGAUUGUUGACUGGGAUUCUUCACAAGUGUUUUUGGCGAUAAUUUUGUAUGAGAUUAGGCUUUGAAGCUGUUAAUUUGGUAUGUUUUAGAUUAAUCAGAGGGGUACCGUUUUCGUUCUUGGCAGACUUUUGUGUAAGUACAGCCCAUUAGUGUAUUAAGGCAGCUGUGUUAAUGUUACUGUCGUACUAAUUAGUAUCUGUUUAGAAGUAUUAAUUAAUACAGCCCCUCUUCCAGCUAAAGUCUUGAAUUGGGGGAUAUUAUUCAGCAGCAUAUCAUGCAUC